AUGGAUAUAAAAACCACACCACCACCUUCGCUGAUCAACUCACGCUCCACCGCCACACCACCUGUCAACGCCACCAACGCCACUGCAUCAGCGCCCGCCUCGCCAACUGGCGCCGUUGCCAACUCCACGGUCGCUGCCAUGAAUAGUGUGGCCGCGCUUGGUGGCAUGUCCAGCGUGCAGAAGCAGACUUUUCAAAAUAUUUUCGAAAAACUUGUUUCCAACACUGGCGACGGUGGCAAAUUUCCACCGAAGCAACUGGAAAAUUUUCGUCAUUUGCUGGAAAAUGUACGCGAUUCAAAGAACCUGCAACUGAUUGUGGAAAAAUUCAAGAAUUUGGAGCAAUUCGAACAGAAUUUUUUAAGCGGCGGCAAAAACAACUCCGUUAUUGCAGAAGAUGCUGAUAUCUCGUUGAAGGAUACCUCCAGAAAAUUUGGCACCAGCGGCCAAGCAUUAACUCCACGACACACUAUUGAUGCCAUUUUGGGUCUAAAGAAUCGCAAUGAGGGCGGUGAAGCCAAUGAUGACGCCACCGAUCUGCGCUGCAACAUGUCGCUGGCGCACCUGCGCAACAUGGAUAAUCACAUGGCCUCAAUGCUGCAGCAGUCCACGCAUCAUAAGCAUGUCUCAUUCCCAAAUAUGCAAUCACCUCCCGGUCACCACCAUCAACAUGCUGCGGCAUUGCAUAUGAGCACGCCACCACCGCCACCACAACACUCGCACCAAACACUUAACUAUCACAAUGCCAUGAUGAGCUUUCCGCAUCAGAAUAUGACCGGUGCUGGUGGCGGUGGCGCCAACAGUCAUUUAAGCUAUCCACCACUCGAGUCAGGCAGCACCGAUUCGGGCAGCACACGCACCAGUCCGUCCAUGAGCAGCGGUGAUUAUCUCAAUUCGAUGCAUCAGAUGGUUGAGGCGAGUCAUCUUCAAGCGGCGCUACAUCAUCAUCCUUCGCACCCGCAUCAUCAACCAUCGACCGGGCCACCACCGCCGCCGCCACAUUACAGUCACCAACAGCAUUUGGCUGCAUUGGCAGCACACGCUCAAGCGCAGGCGCAACAGGAACAAAAAUUUGCAAAGUCAUCAUCAUCACCAACGGCUUUGGCUAAUCAGUCAGCUGUGGCCUCAUAUUUCAGUCUCGCCAAUGGCUCUGGUACUCUGUGUGGAGGAGGGGGCGGCGCAGGUAACGGUGGCGGCGGCCCAACUAUUAGCAGCAAUCACUCGAACCUGCUUGACUACGAUGAACAUUCAAUGUCUUCAAUUUCGGCGAGCGGAGAGAUCGAUGCAGGCGAUGAGGACGACAUGAAGGAUGGGCAAGGCGACAUGUCUGGUCCAAUUGAUGUAACCUCACCGCAGUCUCCCACAACUCUUUCACAUUCGCCGUCCUCGAAUUAUAAUAAUGUAGCAGCAGCUACUGCGUCAAUACAAUUCGGUGGAUUGAAACGCAAAUCUUCCGUUUCCUACUGUGAUGACUUGGAUGCCGGCGAGGCGAACGAUUCGAAAUUAGCCAACGGAAGUGCUGUAGAAAAUUAUGCAAUGAAAAGUUUCGAGGGGAUACGUGCGCGUACAUUCGAAGAGGUGCAACAGCAAUCGCUGAAUGGAAAUUGCAAUGCUAUGGAACAACAACAACAUCACCAGCAGCAAGCUCAGCAGCAGCAGCAGCAACAACAACAACAGCAACAGUUUCAACAGCGGCACAUGGACGAUUAUCGUUUGAUCGGAGGCAGCGGGUCGGGCGGCGAUGGACAAGAUCGACUAAAUGACGCCGAUAGUGUGGUAAACGGGAGCUGCGCAUCCAGUGAAGACUUGAAUCAGACAAAUUCAAGUGAGCAAGGCGAGAAGAUCACUUCCGGCAGUGAUGAUGAAGCUCAAGAUGACAAUUGUUCCAAGAAGAAACACCGCCGCAAUCGCACUACAUUCACAACAUAUCAGCUACAUGAAUUGGAACGGGCAUUUGAGAAGUCACACUAUCCGGAUGUGUAUUCACGCGAGGAACUAGCAAUGAAAGUCAAUUUGCCGGAAGUCAGAGUACAGGUUUGGUUCCAAAAUCGUCGCGCCAAAUGGCGUCGCCAAGAGAAAUCGGAGAGCCUACGCUUGGGGCUCACCCACUUCACUCAACUGCCACAUCGUCUUGGUUGUGGCGCUGGCGGCCUGCCUGUCGAUCCUUGGCUAUCGCCGCCGCUACUCUCCGCUCUGCCAGGUUUCCUUUCGCACCCGCAGACCGUCUAUCCCAGCUAUUUGACGCCCCCACUUAGUUUGGCUCCAUCCAGUUUGACCAUGAGCAGCUUGGCAGCCAUGAGUCAUGGACCGCAUGGCCCCGGUAUGCAUCCCGCCGCCGCACAUCCUCAACCGCCCACCGGUCAUCCUGGCAUACCACCACCAUCGGCACUGAGUGCAGCUACCCACCCUGGCCAUCAUGUACAAUUGUCACAUUUAUCGCCGCAUCUGUCACGCAUGUCGCCACAAAGUUUGGCCACAAUGCCACCACAGCUGAGUUCAUCCACGACGACGUCGUCAGUAUCGUCAUCGUCCGCAUCGUCUAUGUCAGCGGCCGUAGCGAAUGCAGUCGCCACAGCGCCUAUCACUUCGAAUGCGGCCGGCAUGACGGCGCUUUCGCCAUUGGCGUCCAGCAUGUCUGUGCUGCCACCACCUCUAGCACCGGCGCCGACCUUAUCCUCAGCCACCGCACUAAACUCGCCGCCAUCGCGCGCAACUCAACCAACAAAUUUGGAACAGUCACCGCAAAAUCUCACCACAAGUAACGAUGCAAAUGAAGCAAUGCUCAUCGGCGGCAAUAGCGCCGGCAACGGCAGUGGAAAUAGUAAAUGUAAUACGGCCAGUAUGGAACUGCUCGAUGUGGGAAGGGAUAGCCCACCGCCGGGCCGUGCGCUAAGCAAUAAUGCAUCCACCAAUCCCAUCAGUCGGCAGUCGCCGAUUGCGACAAAUCAACCGCAGACAGCGGAUAUACGCUCCAAUUCCAUAGCGACGUUGCGCAUCAAGGCAAAGGAGCACUUGGAAAGUAUCAAUAAAGGACUGGCUAUGGUCUAAAUGCUCAACACCCACAACAACCGCCAGCC